AUGUACAUAUUUGGUGUUAGAAGGUGUAUUGAAGAUACCGAGUGGGGGUAUUUGCAGGGAUAUCUCAAGCGAGAUGAUUUUAUAGCCAAAGUAUUGUCUUUUGGCGACAACAAUAGCUCGCUCGAUGGCUGUGAUGAUGCUAGCAAGGAUGUCUUCACUAGGAUCAUUCGGAACAUUAAAGCAUGCCUAUUGGACAAGUAUUCGUUUGAAAAGGUUGAGAAUGCCUCCAAGACCUGUGCAGUUCUUUAUAAAUGGAUUUACUCGAUAAUAAAAAAGGAAGAGGUAUUGACUGAGUUAAUUCCUCUGAGAAAUGAAGUAGAAAAUAUUGAAGAAGGGCUUUUAAAAAAUAAAAGAGAAAUGGGCCUGAAAAUACAAGAAUUUAACAGCGUAGUUGAGCGUAUUUCAAACAUAGAAAAAUCAAAGGAUAUUUCAGAGAAGGAGAGUGAGGAUAUUAAAAUGAAUAUUGGUAUGCUAACCAAGGAGCUAACAGUCCUUGAAUCCAUUCUAUUUAGAUUUGAAAAGGAGAGUGUUGAGUGGAAGUACAUUGAAUUUAAAAACCCCUUAUUCAUUAUUGACAAUCCCAAUAUUCUACUUGAGUAUUUCAAAAGUAUUUUCAUAGACAGAAAUGUUCUUUUCAGUGAGGAUUUCAGUGAAUUUAGAAAAGAGAGUAUUGAAGUGUCCAUGAAGGAUGUAAAUGCAAGAAAGGGCAUAAACAAUGCAGAGUAUUUCAAUAGAAAUCUAAUAAUAACUGAUGUGGAUAAGCAUGAGCCUGAGGUGUAUGAUGUAUUAAAGAGGAAAAUGGAUAGAUACUACUCCUAUGCAGAUGCCUGCAGCUUAGAUGGUAAUGCAAACAUAGCAGAACGAUCAAUGCUCAGCUACGGGGGAGCAUUGUUAUUCAGGGUAAUAUUGGAAACUGGUUCAAAGAAGAAACAUAUCAUUUAA